AUGGAUUAUGUGGAUCAAGAUCGUCUCCUAGAUGAGGCUAUGAUUGAAACGAGAAGAAGGUGGGGGUGGAGCGAGGAACGAAUUGACGAGUUUCAGAGGGAAAGGACAAGAGAUCGAGAAGAAUUGCGCCAGGAACUGGCUGCAGAAUUGCGUGAGAGGGAAAUAAUGGAAUAUGAAAGAAGGCAUAUGGACCGGGCCUCCGGGCGAGCCAUGUUAGAUCUGCGUAUUCCGGCAGUCAGCGAGACAAGGGAACGAGACUGCGCGGUGUGCUAUGAGGAAUUCCGGGAAGGCGGAAAGAAGCUGAGGACGAUGCCGUGCGGCCACUCCUUCCAUCAGCGCUGCAUCUUCGACCGGCUUCGCUUUAACCGUCGCUGCCCAGUGUGCCGCUUUGCGAUGACCUUCGUCGAGGAGCAACGUGCCAUUGACCGGGCACAAGCCGAGGCGGCGGUGCCAUCCGGUGAUGGGCCGGAGGCAGCCAAGCGGCGGAGACUCGACCUGGCUGCGCCCAGUGAAUUAGACUCCACACUUGUCACUUGUGAUCUGAAGGCGAUGGCACUCGGCCAAGGACUUUCUGACGCUUCUGAUCUGAACUUGCCUUCUGUGCAUUUGCCUACUGAUGAUUGCAUAAAUGGUACUCCAAGCAGCAUGGUGCUUCCCUUCUGA